AUGUUAUUACUCCGACGGACGUCCGUACUGUCUCUGGCCCUCGGAGCCCUGACAUUGAUAUAUCUACUCUCACACUUCCUCCCUUUCUCUCCCGAGAGACCAUACCUGUACGGCGAGAAUGACGCCUCAUCACUCUAUGAUCCUCGGUUCUUCACGCCCGGCACGGCCAAGCCAGCCGGGGCGAACUACACGCGCGUGCUGGUAAUGGGCCGGCUCUCCAAGGAGGACGUCUCCUGGCUGGACGUCGACCUGCCCGACCUGCCCAAGAAGAUCUACACGGUCGACGGGCCCGACCGGUCCGGCCUGCCCGCCAACAAGGGCCACGAGGCCAUGGUCUACCUGACGUACAUCAUCGACCACUACGACUCACUGCCGGACGUGGUGCUCUUCUUCCACCCGCACAAAAUCACCUGGCACAACAACGUGCUGCUGGACGUCUCGUCGGCCACGACCAUCAAGCUCCUCUCGGACGCCCACGUCGUGCGACAGGGCUACUUCAACACGCGCUGCCACCUGGACCCCGGAUGCCCGGACUGGCUGCACGUGGACCAAUCGCGGUGGAAGUACGACCUCCACCACAAACCCGAGGAACCGGCGCUCACGUCACAACUGUUCCACGACCUGUUUGGCGAGGACGUCCCUAUCCCGGACAGUCUCUCGCAACCCUGCUGUGCUCAGUUCGCCGUCAGUGGGCGGCGCAUCCGCCAGCGCGCCCGUGCAGACUACGUCCACUACCGCGACUGGCUGCUGCACACGCCCCUGGACGACAAGACCUCCGGCCGCGUCAUGGAGUACUCGUGGCAGUACAUCUUUUCGGGCCGGUUCACGUUCUGCCCCUCGCAGCAUAAAUGCUACUGCGACGGGUACGGCAUCUGCUUCGAGGGCGGGGACGAAGGGCUGAAGGCGUGGUUGAACCUGCUGAGGCAGAAGGAGCUCCUGGACCAGAAACUGGUCAAGUUGUGGGACAAGGGCGAGGCUUCGUGGGGCAGCGAGCAGUAUAAGAAACUGAGACACCAGAGUGCGGAGAUGGGGAAGCAGUUGGACGAUUUGCGAGAGUUGGCCGUACGGAGGGGCUAUGAUCCGCAGACCAGGGCGAGGGACUGCGGGAGGGAGUGGCAUGUGGGAGAUGGCUUCUAA